AUGUGGGAGAAAAUACGCGUUGACGGAAAGAAGAAAUUAAAAGGCAAUGCUGUGCCCACAAUUUUCCCUGCUGAAUUGGAAAGUAGCACAUCUAUUAACACAAACGAUAAAACUAUUGAAUCUUCAGAAAGGUAUGAUGCAUUGCAAACAUUAAAUCAUGUUCAUACAAAUAAGCAGCAAGAGGACUGUCUUGGAGUAGAUGUUCCUAAUAUUAUUGCAUUAACAUCAAAUCCCUCUAGUCCUACUCAUUCAAAAGAAACAUGCAACGAAGAACUGAAUGAGGUUGAACGAUUAAAGAAACAGCUGGAAGAAGUCAACAGAAAACUUGAUUUGGCCCAAAAAAUUAUCUUGAAAAGUAACCGAUCUAAAAAUAUGUUAAAAAAGCAUAUUAAGAGGUUGACACGAAUAAAAAACAAUUCAAAGGACCAAAAUUAUGUGAGAUUAAAAUUAGCACUGAAACAAAUUUUUAAUGAUGAUCAAAUAGAAGCUCUCAUGCGUCGAUCCUCUCGCGGCCAUAUGUGGUCUAAUGAUACCAUAAAAAAGGCACUUCGAUUGAAAUUUUCCUGUGGUUCUACUGGCUAUCAGGAAUUACUGAAAGAAAACCUGCCUCUGCCAUGCGAACGUACACUUCGAAGGAAAGUAGAAAAUAUUCAAUUUCAGGAGGGAAUUUGUGACGACAUUUUUAAAUUACUAAAAGAUAAAGUUGCUCAAUUUAAAGACGUUAGAGAAAAAGACUGUUCACUUGUAUUAGAUGAAAUGUCUAUUACUCCAGGCCAACAAUUUGAUCCAUCCACACAGUCGUAUUAUGGAACUGCAUCGUUUUGCACGCGUAAUG